GAAGAGAAUGGUUUCUAAAAUGAUUUUUCUAUUCUGCAGUCUGCUUUUAUUUGGCAUGGAAGUAGAGUCCAAGACAUUAACUAAGGUGGAAAUCACUCCUCGAAGCUGUUUGGACCACCUCAAAAAGGGCUACAAUUCUGAUGGUUAUUAUACCAUUUAUGAUUUCCAAACCAACGACCUAAUCUCAGUUUACUGUGACAUGACUUCAGAAGCUGGAUCAGCUUGGACUUUGGUCAUGUCUUACGCCUUCAAGAACAAAAAUAUGAACCAGAUGACUAGGAGAACAUUGGGCCAAGACGCACCUGUGAACAAGAAUUCCCCUAAUUGGAAUCUUUAUCGUAUGAGCCUUUCUCAAAUGACUCAUCUCAAGUCACAGUCUACCCAUUGGAGAUCAACUUGCAGCUUUCCUUCUUACAAGGUCGAUUACACAGAUUACGUCAGAGCAAAGUUUACAGACUUCGACAUUAUGACAUUUCUGGGUCAUGGUAUUUGCAAGAAAGUUGAAUAUGUCAAUAUUCGUGGUCAUCAGUGCGCUCAAUGUACAUCACAGUGGUGGCAAGUUACCAAUGGUUCUGGUGCUCACAUCGAUAGCGCUUCAAAUGGCUGUCAGUUUGUUCCCACUCAAGGUGCAGUUUCGUCCGAAGAUAAUUUUGGUUUGUACGGUGAAUACAACCGUAAAUUUCGUUGCAGUUCUGGUCCGCUUUCUACAACCAACUGGUGGUUUGGUGGAUAUUUGUAAAAGCUUUGAAACUCAUUCGGUGUUCGUCGCAUAGAACUGAGUCGUAACAAAAAGGAAUAGUUUAGUUGUCUUUGGGGCGUUUGUUUUUCGAAUUAGUCAUGUGACCUUUCAUGAACAUUUAAACAAUCUAUGUAAUGCAGAUGAAGCAGUCGUCUUACUUGUCCUAUAUUAAAAGGGUCUUAAAAAUGUA